CCGGUAAAAAUGAAGGCUGUGUGUCCUAACGCCACGCGAAACCCGGGGACGCGCUCUGAGGGUCCCCAGACCUGAGCGGCUGCGGCAGGGCCCGGAGGGUGAAAGGACACAAAAGGGAAAUAAAUAAAACCCCCUAAAGCCCUAGGCGGUUUGUGGAAACCUCCUCAGUCCCUUCCUCGCCAAACACUGCCCCGCGGUGCCAGUGCCACGCCACGGCUGGCCCUGCCCCGGCCUUCUCCGGGCGCCCGGCCCUGCUCGCCGCGCCGCCGGCCCCCGCGGGGAGGAGACAGCGGCGGGAGGGCGGCGGCGCUUCCCUCGGCGCCGGCAGGCCCAGCCCGGGCCGCGCCGGGCGGUGCAGCGGGAGGGCGAGCCACCGAGAGGCGUGCGGCCCAGCGGGCAGCAGCCGCAGGGAAAAUUGGAUGGCUGAGUGAAAACUGGUUGUUCAGAAGAUUCACAAUCGUGACUGAGGUUACAACAUGUCUAAAGAAAUGCAAGAACUGCAGAAGCAAUGGCACUCCAUGAUGCAGUCCAUCCACAGCAACUCAAAUGUUGUUGCAUUUAUGAAUUCUCGUGUUGGCCAAUAUUUAGGUGACCAUCCUUUUGUUGCCUUAUCACUCCUGAUGUUUAUUGCAGUGUCUGCUAUUCCCGUUGCAUUUUUCCUGAUUUUUGUUGUUACAACAGCCAUAAUGGCCUGUAUUGGGGUGAUAGUCAUCGAAGGUGUUGUAAUAGCUGUAGGUGGCGUAGCCCUCCUGUGUGUGCUGUGUGGCCUGGGUGCACUUUCACUGGGAGUUUCUGGAGUACUGAGUGUUUGUUAUGUCGUGCUUUCAACUCUGGUCAACUACUGGUACGCUUCAAGGGGUCAUCUAAGGCAGCAAGAAGGUAAUGGAAGUUUGACACAGAAGAGUCCUCUUGUCCCGGAUCUUUCUGCAAAUAAUGGAAAGAAUGAACAAGUGGGUUUCUCCCCACUUGCUUCAUAAGCACUUAACUGUACUACUCUGACCUUUACAAUGUAAUUGUUUACUUGUUGAGUAUUUAAUCUUUGUGCACUCCUUAUGAGAACUGAAGAAGUCAAUAUGCAUCGUACAUGGUCACUGUAAAACUAAUAUUAAGAACAACCAUUAAGCAGCAGUGCAUUUCGAUAUUAAGUCUAUGUGCAUAACGGAAUGUUCCACAGAAUUUGGUAAAGGGAUGUAAUAAUAACUGCUACUAUUAAGUCUGUGACAAUUAGGUGAAAGAAAGGGUGGGUAGGUAGGUAUUUGACUUCCCAUUUGUUACUGGAGUUUUGUACUAUCUCUUGAAAUUUUUAUGCAGCAUUUGUUCAUUUUGAUACAUAAGGGUCAAAGCUCAGAACACCAAAAAUGUUUUGAAUGUUAAAAAAUAUUUUUAAGCCUUAACAGCCUUUGUUAAAAUAGUAUAAGCACACCAUGCUAAUGGUUUAUAUUUAUUAUACAAGGAAAAUUGGGGUUUGUCAUACAUUAAGUCAUGGUACAAAUUUUUAUAUAUCUUUAGAUGUUACAUUAUUCUGAGGGUAUAUUUUCCUUGUUCUCAUUGCCUCAUCACAACAAUGGUAUGCAGUUAGGUCUUGAGUUUUGUCAUAUAUGUUUAGGUAUUUAAAUUGCCUGUUUUGCUUCUCAGUUGUAACUUCUUAUAUGUUAUUUAAACUUUUUUCAUUUUUGCAAAUGCUGUAAUAUUUUGAAGCAUUAAGAAAGUAACUAUAUUAGUUUAAUAAAGUGCUGUUUGUUUAGCCAGGUUGUCUUGUUAUUCUGCUAAUUCUGCAGUAAAAAACACUUUUUCAGAUCUACUUCUAGGAAGACUACAUUUAGAGCUGAAUUUUUCUCCUUGCUUAUAUUAAAGUAUUUUUUAUGGCCAAUAUUGGUGAGUGGCAGACUGCAGAUUACUCCCCUUCUCGUGCCUGCAAAGGAAAUGCAGAAUCCCAAGAACUAAACUAGUAUAAUAUUCCGGCUUUGCAUGAAUCAAUAUGCUGUUUACUCUAACAUGGGGUCAAAGUUUAUCUGUGCCGUAAUGUGUUCCACCUAGUAUUGGUGGUAACGUUUUCAGCUGUAAUGAUAAACUGGCCCCACACUUCAGCAGUAGAUUAUUACUGUCUGUGAGAGAUAAGUCUUCCACAGAUGCUGGUUUGUAAAAGACUCUAGUGCUUAUAAAUUCCAGGUAAAUGUGAAGCAUUUACAGAAUAGAGACCAUAACAGAUUUAUUUCAUAAGCUACUAAGUAGAUAAAAUGUUUGUUUUUUCCAAGUACUUCAAAGCUUUAUCCCAAUCAGAAUUUUAAUUUUUUUUUUUUAAACUUCCAGGUGAUAGUAGUAUACAAGUGGUAGGAAGGA